UUUUCUAUCUCGAUUAUUCUUAAGAGAACUACUUGUGAGUUUCAGUUACUUGGAUGAGUUCUUGAAGUUUCGGAAGAAAGACCAUCUUUUUCGCAUCGUCUCUGUAACGCCAAUUCUACUUCAUCUUCUUGGCGUUUCUUCUGCAGCUUUUUGCGGUUCACGUGUUAUUUGCUUUUGGUUCUAUCUUUUUUUGGUUCUGAUGUAUUUCUCACAAAACCAUUCCUAUAAGCUAUAUUGCUAUAAGUAAUGAUAUGAAUCUUUAAAGACGUUAAAUUUGAGAGGAAGAACUAAAACCAUUCACCACAAAAGAUCAAGAACUAGAGACAGUCAUGGACAUCAAGUCUUACCAGAGUCAUGCAGAGGGUUUUGUUAAACACUAUCUAUUAGCAGAUCCUUUUCUUCCAUACACUUCUGUUCUUGCUGGAAUCUUUCUCUGCAAGAUGGUCUAUGAUAUUACCCAGUCAUUCAGCUCAAUUCAUAUCAAAUCAUACUCAGCUCUCACAAAAGUGAAGAGAACUGAAUGGAACAACAGGGGAAUUUCUACACUCCAUGCGAUCUUUAUCUCAUUGAUGGCACUCUACUUUGUGUUCUUCUCUGAUUUUUUUUCUGACCAAAGAAGUCUUCAAGGCCUUGUAGUGUUUCGCAGCUCGCCUCUAUCUAGCUUUGGUUUAGGGGUAUCAGUUGGUUACUUUCUUGCUGAUCUUGGAAUGAUCAUUUGUUUAUACCCUUCUUUAGGAGGAUCAGAAUAUAUUUUCCAUCACUGCUUAUCUGGAGUAGCAGUAGCUUAUUCUUUGUUCUCCGGAGAAGCUCAGCUUUACACAUAUAUGGUUUUACUCUCUGAGGUGACUACACCAGAGAUCAAUCUUAGGUGGUACCUUGACAUUUCUGGUUUGAAGCGAUCUAAGGCUUAUCUUAUUAAUGGAGUUGCUAUUUUCUUGGCUUGGUUGACAGCAAGAAUCCUUCUCUUCGUCUACAUGUUUUACCAUGUCUAUGUACACUAUGAUCAGGUGGCAAUGAUGCAUCCAUUUGGUUAUCUACUGGUUUUUGUCGUACCGGUUGCAUUGAGUGUAAUGAACUUGAUGUGGUUUGGUAAGAUAGUGAAGGGACUGAUGAAAACUCUUGAGAAAAGACAAUAAGGAAUGAGUUUUAUUUUUCCCGAAUGUAAAUAUAAAGUUCUUAUGAAGAAUCUUACAGGUUAUAAACUUAUAAUCAAUAGACCACGCUACAAUUGUCGGUGCGGUUACCGUUUCAGUUUUCUCAAAAAACUCUUUGUUUUGACGUAUUUAACUAAACCAUACUCCCAUUCAUUAACUUAA